AUGGACCCCAGCACCGUUGCGCUGGGCUAUUUCCGUCCCCAUAACCUGACAAACUGGGUUGAGUUCCAAGAGCUUAAUGAGAGCGCUAGAGAUCUCUUGAGAAAGCCACAGGCAGCAUCGUAUGAGCUUGGAAUAGGAAUUGUGCCGGUUCCUGGGGAGGACAAGGCGGUCGUAUUGGCCAGCGUUAUACUUAUGAAUGCGCAGUCUCGUGGCAUUAUCCGCUUACGAAGUAAUGAUCCAGACGCACAGCCUAUUAUCCAUCUCAAUUACCUACAACAUCCAUACGAUCGUCGAGUUCUUAUCGAGGCCAUUAAGCAGACUUUGGACCUCAUGCUGCACUCUGAUCUUCCCGUUUCCACGCAGAUUGAAGGUCCGACGAGCACUUCAGAUGAAGACAUAUUGCAAUUUCUCAGAGAAGCAGUGGUGCCUGCAUGGCAUGCGAUGGGGACAGUCAAAAUGGGGAAACUUGACGAUGACAUGGCCUGUGUUGACACUGAGUUUCGUGUUAUCGGUGUAGAGGGGCUUCGCGUUGUUGAUAUGAGCAUUUGCCCAGUUGUUCCAAGGUAUAUAUCUCAAGAGAGCUACACCUAA